GUGUGGCAUCAUUGACUGUCACUAAUUCGAGUUGUUUAUAUUCCAGUUGAGGUGUGGUAGUAGUAGUAUUUAAAUGUAAAUUCAUAUUUAUCAAAUUUCCGUCCUUUGGAAGCCCUUAAAUAUACCAAUUAGUAGCGCAGCAGCAGGAGAAAGCUCCGCAGAAAAUGGCCUGCAGUCAUUUUCUUUUCAGUUUCCUUUUCAUAGCCUUCAUUGCUACAUCGACAGCCCUUAACUGUUACCAAUGUAAUGGCAGCGAUUCAUCAAAACCAUUCCAAUGUAACGAGUGGCUGACCGCAGACAUUGAUAUUAAACCGGAGCCCUGCGAUGCCGUCUACGGGGCCAAAUAUUGCAUUAAGACUACAGGUCGUUUCCAAGGUAGUUCAUUAAAUUGCUAUCAGUGUUCAUCAGCUGAAAGUCUAGACUGUUCUGAUGUAAUGAUUCAUAUGGGAGGAAUACAGCCAAAGAGUUGCGACCAUGUUUUCGAAGCCGAAUUUUGCAUUAAAUCUACCAGUCUAAAUGGAAUUGGAACAUCGCGCUACUGCUCCUCAAACCACAUGGGCAACUAUUGCAAUUACGUGAAACAACCAGGGGACACUUUAUGGUACCGUUCUUGUAUUUACACAUGUACCGGCGAUGGAUGCAAUCACGCCCAUGCUUCAACGUCUAGUAUUAAUAUUGUAUUCGUUUGUGUCGUGGGUGUUUUGUUACGAACAAUACUCAGUUAACUAACUAAGUUAAGAUCAGCAGGUUGAGCUAGAUUUUGUAGCUUGAAACGAUGAUAUUUUAGUGUAAACACUGCCCUCUGUUUAGACACUACACAUUGGCUUAUUCAACUGGAGUGUUUUUAGUUAUUCUAAUUUAUCAGCACCAAUGUGAUAGAAGAUCAUUCCGCAACUAUUCCCGUCCAUUAGUUAAGAUAAAUAUUGAUAGGCACUUAUUAUUUUUGUAAGAUAGGGCCGAUUUUAAUAUACGUUUUGUACAGA